AUGAACGGCGCCCAGUUUACCGACCGGGCUAACAAGACCCUGCUUGAUUCGGGUGCUCUGUGCCAGCAGUACGCGCAAACCCAGAUUCUCCCACUUCACCUCGCAGUUGCACUGCUCAACCCUCUCCCCGAUGAGUCUGAAGAUCAACAAACACCAUCCGGUGCUCACUCUUCGCACGAUUCCACAACUGCACCCCUCUUCCGACAAGUUGUUGAGCGCGCCCAUGGCGAUGUCCAACUGCUCGACCGAGCGCUUAUGAAGCUGCUGGUCCGGCUCCCAAGUCAAGACCCCCCACCAGAGAACCCCAGCCUCUCACCACAAAUCGCGAAAGUCAUUCGGUCGGCCACCGAUCUAUCCAAGACCCAGAAAGACAGCUUUGUUGCCGUCGAUCACCUUAUUCAAGCUGUCUGCCAAGAUGCCCAGGUCCAACGCGCACUUGGCGACGCCAACAUUCCCAACCUCAAAUUGAUCGAUAGUGCCAUCCAGCAAAUCCGAGGCACCCGGCGCGUGGACUCCAAGACCGCCGACGCGGAGAGCGAGAAUGAAAACCUCAAGAAGUUCACUAUCGACAUGACCUCUUUGGCCCGUGAAGGAAAGAUUGAUCCGGUCAUUGGCCGUGAGGAAGAAAUUCGCCGCGUCAUUCGCAUUCUCAGCCGACGCACAAAGAACAACCCUGUCCUCAUUGGUGAGCCUGGUGUAGGUAAGACCACCAUCGUGGAAGGUCUCGCCCGCCGCAUUGUCAAUGCCGACAUCCCUGCCAACUUGGCGCAAUGCCGUCUGCUUUCAUUGGACGUUGGCUCCCUUGUUGCAGGCAGCAAGUACCGCGGUGAAUUUGAAGAGCGCAUGAAGGGUGUCUUGAAAGAAAUUGAAGAUUCUAAAGACACUAUCGUUCUAUUCGUUGAUGAAAUCCACCUGCUCAUGGGCGCUGGUUCCAGCGGUGAGGGUGGCAUGGACGCCGCCAACCUUCUCAAGCCCAUGCUCGCCCGUGGCCAGCUCCACUGCAUUGGCGCCACCACCCUCAGCGAAUACCGCAAGUACAUCGAGAAGGACCAAGCCUUCGAGCGACGUUUCCAGCAGGUCCUAGUGAAGGAGCCUUCUGUCCCAGAGACUAUCUCCAUUCUUCGUGGUCUGAAGGAGAAGUACGAAGUCCACCAUGGUGUCAAUAUCAUGGACGGUGCCAUCGUCACUGCUGCGACUCUCGCAUCACGAUACCUGACGGGUCGCCGUCUUCCUGAUUCUGCCGUCGAUCUCAUUGACGAAGCCGCCGCUGCCGUCAGAGUUACCCGCGAGUCCGAGCCAGAAGCUCUCGACACGCUUGAGCGCAAGGCUCGUCAGCUCCAAAUCGAGAUCCAUGCUCUCGAACGAGAGAAGGACGACGCAUCCAAGGCUCGCCUCGAGGCUGCCAAACAGGAAGCCGCCAAUGUUCAGGAAGAGCUCCGGCCCAUGCGGGAGAAGUAUGAGACUGAAAAGCAGCGCAGCCGUGAGGUUCAAGAUGCCAAGAUCAAGCUUGACUCUUUGAAGGUCAAGCGUGAUGAGGCUGAGCGCUCCGGUGAUACUCAGACUGCUGCUGAUCUCGAGUACUACGCCAUCCCCGAAACCAAGACUUUGAUUGAACGUCUUGAGGCCGACCGGGCUAAGUCCGAUGCCGAGCGUCGCGCCAAUGCCGGUGACGAGGGAGAAGCACUCCUGGCUGAUGCCGUCGGUCCUGACCAGAUCAACGAAAUUGUGGGUCGUUGGACUGGAAUUCCUGUCACCAGACUCAAGACCACCGAGAAGGAUAAGCUGCUCCACAUGGAGAAGUCUCUCGGCAGACUGGUUGUUGGCCAAAAGGAAGCUGUUGUCUCGGUCUCUAAUGCCAUUCGUCUCCAGCGCUCGGGUCUCAGCAACCCUAACGCACCUCCCAGCUUCUUGUUCUGCGGUCCAUCUGGUACCGGUAAGACCCUUCUCACUAAGGCUCUCGCCGAAUUCCUCUUCGACGACCCCAAGGCUAUGAUCCGAUUCGACAUGUCGGAGUACCAAGAGCGUCACUCGCUCAGUCGUAUGAUUGGCGCACCUCCAGGAUAUGUCGGCCACGAUGCUGGCGGUCAACUCACAGAAAGUCUGCGUCGCCGUCCAUUCUCAAUUCUCCUCUUCGACGAAGUCGAGAAGGCCGCCAAGGAAGUCCUCACCGUCCUCUUGCAACUGAUGGACGACGGUCGCAUCACCGAUGGCCAAGGCCGCAUUGUCGAUGCAAAGAACUGCAUUGUCGUCAUGACCUCCAACCUGGGCGCCGAGUUCCUUUCCCGCCCCGCAGGCAAAGACGGACGCAUCGAUGGCACAACCCGAGAGCUUGUCAUGGAAGCGUUGCGCAACUACUUCCUCCCCGAGUUCCUCAACCGUAUCUCCAGCACCGUCAUCUUCAACCGACUCACCAAGCGCGAAAUCCGCAAAAUUGUCGAUCUUCGCCUCUACGAGGUGCAGCGUCGUUUGGACCACAAUGGACGCAAUGUCCAAAUCGAGUGCUCCGAUGAGGUUAAAGACUACCUGGGCGAAGCUGGUUACUCUCCUGCCUAUGGUGCUCGUCCCCUUGGCCGACUUAUUGAGCGCGAAGUCUUGAAUCGUCUCGCCGUGCUCAUUCUCCGGGGCAGUAUCCAAGAGGGAGAAAUCGCUCGCGUUGAAAUGAAGGGCGGUCGCAUUGAAGUCCAGCCAAACCAUGAUCUCGAGGAUUCCAGUGAGGAUGACAUGACAGAUGAAGACGGCGAUGCUUUGAUGGAUGAAGCCGACUCGCCAGAUCUCUAUGACGACUAA